GAGAAAUCGAAUCGAUUGGGCGCGGUAUGGCGGACAGGGUUGGAGAGACGGAUCCAGCGGAGUUCGGCAUGAAGACGGACGGCGUGGGACUCGUGGGCAGGCUGGGGCGAGUACACGCAUGGGUACAGCAACGGCGCACAUUGCUGCGCCCCUGGUCCUCCUUUGUGGAGCAGAAGCGUUUCACGCGGCCACGCGACCUGAGCGAGCUCUGUCGGCGCGUUGUCCGCAAUGGCGAGCACUUCCAGGCCAACUACAUGAUGGUGUUCCUCGGACUCGCCGUGUAUUGUGUGAUGACCUCGCCUAUGCUGCUGCUUGCCCUCGCCGUGUUCCUGGGCGCGUGCUACAUCAUCAGCCUGCGCUCACAGACCUCAAAGCUCGUACUUAUAGGUCGUGAGCUGAGUGUGACACAACAGUACGGGGCAGCAGCAGGCGUCUCCUUUCCACUUUUCUGGCUGGCUGGCGCUGGUUCUGCUGUCUUCUGGGUUCUUGGUGCGACUCUGUUCGUCAUCGGCGGCCAUGCCUCGCUGCACUGAGCUGGAACAAAACGACUUUGAGGAGCUGCAGAUGGAGAGUGUGUAACCGUGGUCGUGGUGGUGGCGGGGUUGCCUCCAACAGGGGCACUGGCACAGUCACCGCUGAACGCGCCGCCAUGCCCCCCCACACAACCGCCAAUAUCUGUUAUCACGGUGUCCUUGCCAAGCACCGGUUGUGUGUGUGGUGCCGUAUUGAUGCACACCAGCAAGUUAACAUACCUUGGCACUUUCCUGUGUGACAUGAGUCAGUGAUGCACUUUCCUGCUAUUGCUUUCACAUGACUUUUCAGAUUACGUAAAAUAUUUUCUAUGUUUAGAUUGUUCUGGAGGUGUUAUUAUGAAUGUACAUAUGUACAUAUAGUAUACCAUAUUACAUUCCUUAUAUUGCCAUGUGGUGAAGGUUAUUUUUUUUCAAAUACAUUUAAUGGUAAAAAUGGAAAACAAGAACAGGGUAUGUGAAUACGAGUUUGAGAAUUGCUGUGUAAAACAUUGAAAUGCUUUGCAAAAGAAAAAUGAUUAAAAUACACUUUACAUUGUGAUUGCAUUUUAAUAACAUGCAUACAGUUUAUCUGUUUCCAUAUUCAAUACCCCUGGUUGUUGUGGUGAUUGCUUGUAACUAAUAAUCUUUAGUUUUAAAAUAUGUUGAGGGAUACAAUAACGUGUUUUGGGAAAUAGGAUUACAUUCAAUAACCUCCCAAAGUGUGCAAAUGUUACUUGCCCGCCUCAUAAGUGAAUGGAUACGUACACAAACCAUUUGUGAGGUGAAACAGACCACUUGCAAUUUCUGAUUUUCACUCGUAGCCCUCAUUUUCUGACGUGGGUGAGGUGGCUCAAGAUUGCUCUUUAGAAACCUGACCAUUGCUGAGGUACUGAAAGUUAUGGGUUCUUAGCUGGGGGUCCAAUGGGGACAUGAGUUGGCUCCAGUUCUGAUGGCCAUAGGGGAACUCGUGUUUUGUAGCUGCUGAUGACAUACGUCAGAUUAAUAUGAAGGUGAAUACAAUAAUAUGCCUGUGGGUGAAGGGCUAUAGCCUGACGUCCAAGCUUGGUUUUUUCCUGGAAACCUGAGGUGGAUCUGAAUAUCCUACCGGACCUGUAGCCACUGCAUAUCCCUGGGUUCCUUUGAUGCCGUCGCGGUCUGUGCUGGCAUGUCUAUAAAAAAGACAAGUGACAUGGAGUUAACACCACGUGCAUUUGUCAUUAGCCACAGCUUGUCUGGCUUAGCAUAUACAUACCUGCAAAUCAAUAUUGCUCUUUUUGAUGGGGGGGGGGGGGUUGGGAGGAUCUAAAAAUGUUGGUAACACCUUGCAACUGUAUGAAGUUGUGGAGAACAAGCUUUUAGGGCACCGGCUGUAAUGAAAAGUUUUACAAAAUGUAAUAAAAACUAUGAGAGUAUGCACGUCUUCAUUUCUAAGCUUUUGCCUUUUUAAGAUAUUGCAGAGCACACUAAUGUAUGCGAUAUAUUUAUCUCUACGAUGAUGGUUAUGGGAAAUGGUAGCAUCGUGUCUGGGUCGGCUUAAAACAGGUGUGGUCACCACAGCCUGUUUGCACAGAGCUGAUGGCUCAGUUACUCCCAGUUAAUGAGUUGAUGGCUGAGUUACUCUGCAUAAUUAAUGAAGGAUAUGACCAAAGUGCACUGCAGCAGAGCAAACGUUUAAGAUCCUCUUACCUCGUUUGCAAAAAUAGAUCGCAUGUUGGACUAGUAUCUCGGAGCACAAUUGAAAAUGUCUCGCAACAAUUACAGAAUAACCUCACCCUCUAUUAUUUCCCAAGUGUCCCUUGUUUAAAGUGAUGUCGGUACAAUGUUUUCAUCUGGAUGACUGAACCUUUAAGUGGGGUCUGGCGAUGUAGUGUCGAGGAUAAAUUAUAAAACGCAAAUAAAUUGGUGGGCGCGGGGAAUUGGUGUUGCCGGCCAAAGGUGACGUGUAUGCAGGACCUCACUCGUGAGGUUCUUCAGAUUCCAAUGCUUAUCUCUAACCCAUUGAACAUGAAACAUUGGGCCAACGUGGGUCCAACGGUUCCAAUCACAUGCCAAUGUUGGCCCAACGCAGCAUGUUUAAGGAAAUUGCUUGGUUAUAUUUUUGGUUCUUUUGUGUGCUAAAUAAUACAAAAUGAAAAUUCUGUACAAUCGCUGUAACUGAGUUGGCUUCAAAAAUAAAACAGGUUGUGUAACACGA